UCUCAUCACUACAGAACGCGAUUUAAAAGAGUGAUAUAAAAUUAAACGUCUCGAUUUAUUAUCGCAAAUGUUUGCGGUGACGAGCACGGAGAAGCUUGGGAUCAACGAUGAGUGUUUUAAAUCUGCAGUAACGAUCUCUGAAGCUAAGAAUGUCGAAUGUAGGAAAGAUUAUUGUUGCGGUGAUGAAAACGAUCCCAAAACAUUGCAUCUUGUGCGAGUUAAAGGAUUUCCGCGGCUAUUGCCCGAAGGCAUCCUCGCUUUGACCAAUUAUUGUCGAUGGCUUCGCGAAUUAUCUUUAUCGUAUGCCUUGCUGAGCGAUGAGCUGCUCUUAGCAUUAUGUUCAGUGAAGCAAAUCCACUUGGAAACUUUGCGAGUAGAGGCAUACCCAGAAGCGAAGCCUUUUCCAUUUGUUAGUGACAAAGCAUGGUCCGCGUUUUCGAAUCAUUUGCCCGACAUAAAUCUUGCGCUACUAUCUUACAUGACCGACGACGAUAAUAAAAAAUUACUUUUCACGUCGCACAUCCCCGUAACACAUUUGUAUCUCGGCGACGCAACAUCCGAGUCGAUGUCACGCAUAAGCAAGCAAUGUCCACGAUUGAUAGAAUUAGUUAUCGCCACAUAUGAAUCCGGUCCGAUCGAUCGAUUCCUGAUUUCCAUGGCCAAGAGUUGCUCGCACCUUAGUGCCGUCAGUUUGGGCGAUUGUGAAAUCACCUGUUCUGGGUUAGCAAAAUUCGUUGCGUUGUGCGCACAUCGUCUGCAGGUAUUGUACAUUUCGGAAACAUCACUGAUAGAAGAUGCAGACUUCGAUAUCGCUAAAGUGUCGACGAACUUAUCCUCGCUCCUUGGUCGGAUGUGGAUACCGGAAUAUGUACCAUUGUGGUAAUCUCCUGAGAAGUGAAAAAGAGGUUUCAACAAAAUUUUCACGACGUACUUUUCUAUUUUUUUCAUAAAUUACAUAACUUACAAAGAUUUUGCAAUGUCGAACAAAAAAUUCAACAUAUUCACUUUUAUGUUU